AUGUCCAUCAAACGGGCAUUGUCAAAAAUUAAACCCAAAAUCGAAGAGUCCCCCAUUCAUUCCUUCUCCCCCACUAGGAGAGGCUCCAACUCCUCGCCUGCAUCCCCUCGUCGUAGUAUUCUCGGCAAUUUCUUACGCGACCGGGAAUAUGUCUCGUCCUCCGAGGAUGUCUCCGAUGAUUCCGCCUCCGCCGGCUCCGCUAUGAGCAAGAAUCAGCAGAAGCGCUUAGCCCGUCAGCAGCGGAAGACGGAGCGCUCUCGCCUGAGUGAGGAUCACCAUUCGUCCGAAUCCGAGCUGCAUCGGAGGGAGGAGGUGGCCAAGGCUGUUCGAGAGGAGACCCCCGAGAUGAGAGCCCGGUAUGGGGACCUGCCCCUCGUGCAGUCGGCCUCCCGCUCGCGCGAACCACGCACCAAUUUCGAUGACAUUUCCGCCGCCCACGUCGGACAGACGGUGUUGUUUACCGCGCGCCUGCAUAUCGUGCGCCGCAUGAGCGCCAAGCUUGUCUUCCUGGUGUUCCGACAACAAUUGUCCACCUUCCAGGGCGUUCUCCAUGAGGUUCCCGGCAUCAAGUCCGUGGCCAUGGUCCAGUGGGCCGAGCAUCUGCGAUUGGGCUCGAUUGUACGCGUCCGCGGCACGAUCCAGGCCCCCGCCGUUCCGGUUCUGGGCUGCACCGUCCAUGACGUCGAGCUGUCGAUCGAUGAGGUCCACCUGGUCGUGCGGCGCGAGGAUCCCGUGCCCUUCAGCGUCUACGAAGCCGAGCUGCGCACCCCCGAAGAGGAUCUGGUUGAGGGCCGUCUGAGCCAUAUUCCAGACCGUACCCGACUCAACAAUCGGUUGGUGGACUUGCGCACGCCAACCUCGCAGUCGAUCUUCCGAAUCCAGUCCGCCAUCGGUAAUCUCUUCCGCACCGCGCUGGACGAGCGCGCUUUCAUCGAGAUCCAUACCCCGAAGCUGCAAGGAACAGCCACCGAGUCCGGUGCCAGCGUCUUCGAGGUCAACUACUUUGGUCGCGAUGCGUUCCUGGCCCAGAGCCCGCAGCUGGCCAAGCAGAUGGCCAUUGCCGCCGAUUUCGGCCGUGUCUAUGAGAUUGGGGCCGUUUUCCGGGCCGAAAAUUCCAACACCCACCGCCAUCUGACCGAGUACACCGGAUUGGAUAUCGAGAUGGCCAUCGAGGAGCACUACCAUGAGAUGCUGGACGUGCUGGAUGCCGUGAUCAAGAAUAUCCUCAAGGGUAUCUACACCCGCUUCCGCCGCGAGGUCGAGGUGAUCAAACACCAGUUCCCGUCGGAAGAUCUGGUCUGGCUUGAGGAAACCCCCAUCAUCCGCUUCUCCGAUGGCAUCAAGCUGCUCAACGAGUCGGGCUGGCGCGACGAGGACGGCAAUGAACUCCCCGAAGAUCAGGAUCUGGGCACCCGGGAUGAGAUCCGACUGGGAGAAUUGGUCAAGGCAAAGUAUGGCACCGACUACUAUAUCCUCGACAAGUUCCCCGUCGGCGCCCGCCCCUUCUAUGCCAUGCCGGACCCCGAGGACGCCCGCUUGACCAACUCGUUUGAUAUCUUCAUCCGCGGCCAGGAGAUCGUUUCGGGUGGCCAACGUAUCCAUGAUCCUCACCUGCUGGAGGAAAACAUGCGCCGCGUGGGGAUUAAUCCCGAUUCCAUGGAGGAAUAUAUGGAAGGGUUCCGGUGGGGGGCCCCCCCCCACGCCGGUGCUGGUGUCGGCCUCGAACGGUUGUUGAUGCUGAUCCUGAAGCUGGGGAACAUUCGCCUCGCCUCAAUGUUCCACCGCGAUCCCAAGAGCUUCCCCGCGAAACCCCCCGUCAUGCAGCUCCGCCACCCGGAAUCAUCCACCCUGGAGCCGUCCUGGAUUCGGGACAAAACGGGCCCGGUUGCGCCGAGCGUGAGCGAGCUGCAACCCCUCGAACAUCUCGUCGCCAAUUAUGGGGAUGCCACCUCCACCUCCUUCUACGACGAGCGAUUCAAGAUCUGGCGCGAUAUGGGCACUGGCGCGGCUAUCGCUUACGUCCCCAGUACCAGCAACUAUGUCAUUAUUCCCGGAAACCCGCUCUGCGAUGCUCGACAGUAUACCCGAAUUAUCACCCAGUUCCUGCAAUGGCUCAGGCGCGAAACCAAGUACAAGCCAGUCUGGAUUUUGUGCUCCCCCGAGGUCGAGACCAUCCUGGGCGAGAAGCUCGGGUGGCGUAGUUUGUCGUGCAUCGCCGAGGAACGAGUCGACCCCUCGCGAAACCAAGCGGCGAUGGAUGGAGAGCUUGCCCGCAAGAUCCGCCGUACCGAGACCGAGGGGGUCAAGCUGGUGGCGGCGAAUCAAGGCGAAAUGGUGCCGGACUCGAUCCGGGAGGCCAUUGACAAGCGCAUCGAGGAUUGGAAGCAAAACCGGAAAGGUACGCAGGUGCAUCUUUCGGAGAUUCACCCAUGGCGGGAUUCCGAGCACCGCUGGUAUUUCUAUGCGGUCGACAAAGAAGGCACAAUCUGUGCGUUUGUCACCUUGUGCACCAUUUCACCCACACAUGGCAUGCAAGUCAAACAUACCUUCGAUUUCCCCGGGUCGCCAAAUGGCGUGAUUGAAUCCCUCAUCACCCACGCGAUCCAGACGGCAUCCCGAUCUGGGGUCAAGACCCUCACCUUUGGCGCGGGGGCUACCAGCACGUUGACCCCCGGCCAUAACUUGCAUGGCACCAAGGUGAAGAUGCUGCAACAUACCUAUGAUGCCCUGGCCAAGCAAUUCCACCUCGUGCGGAAGAGUGAGUUCCGAGCCAAACUUGGCGCGCAGGAUGAGCCCCUUUUCAUUUCAUACCCACCGCAUGGUCUCGGGACCAGGGGUAUUCGGGCUGUUCUUCACUUCUUUGAGGAUUAG